AUGAGGUCGUGCGUGAAGGCGGGGACGGUGAAGCGCGUGGUCCUCACAUCGUCGACGGCCGCCAUCUCCAGCCGGCCGCUAGAAGGCGACGGCCAUGUCCUGGACGAGGAGUCCUGGUCCGACGUCGAGUACCUCAGGGCCAACAAGAUCGGUACUUGGGCAUACCCUGCCUCGAAGGUGCUCGCGGAGAAGGCGGCGAUGGCGUUCGCGGAGGAGAAGGGCCUCAGCCUGGUCACCUUGUGCCCCGUCGUCGUCGGCGGCAGGGCCCCGGCGACAAAGGUGACGACCAGCGUCCCCGAGAUCCUCUCCUUGCUAUCCGGCGACGAUGACAUGGUGGACAGACUGGAACUCAUCGAGCAGGCGUCGGGGUCGAUCCCGCUGGUCCACAUCGACGACGUGUGCCGCGCGGAGAUAUUCGCCGCCGAGGAGGCCACGUCGGGGCGGUACAUCGUCUGCACCCUCAACACCUCCGGCGUGGCGCUCGCCCACUUCCUGGCGGCCAAGUACCCGCAGUACGAAAUCAACACAGAUCAUAUUGGUGGUCUUCCAGAGAAGCCCAGGGUGUGCAUUUGGUCAGACAAGCUCGUCGAGGAAGGGUUCGAGUACAAGUACAAUAACCUGGACGAGAUAUACGACGACGCUGUCGUGUACGGAAGGGCCCUGGGAGUCCUUCCAUAUUGA